AUGAAAAUACUGGACUACAUGAAGUGCAUCAGAAUUGGAAUCACAGCACUACUGCCGGAUAAACAUGUAUGGGGAAUUUUGGGGAGCCUAGGGCGCAUUCAUCGGACAUUACACUACCUUAAGAACUGUUCCGAGGGAAAACAAUCCGUAUAUCAUACGUGUUGUGCUGUAUAUGAGACCAUCGUCGUUGGUAUGGAUCUUCUAACGAACACAAUCAAUCAAGAUUACUGUGACGCCAAUUCAUUGCCUUACAUCUUGUUUGUUGUCAUGUGUUUUGCAAUUCUCUCCACCUUUGGAGCCAUGCCCGGACAUAAUUUCACCCAUCUCUACGCCAUCCAAUGUGCCCUCCAAUGCUGCAUUGAUGCACUCGCGCAAAAGGUUGCGAAUAAGUUUGCUUUUCUUCGGAGACGCAUGUCCCACAGCUUGACUGCUGUUAAUCUCAUUGGCAACAUUAGCCAAGGGAUUGCCAACCUUCAAAGGCUGGUAAUGGAAACAUCUAUGCCUUGUGCACUUCCAGAUGUAUUUCCGGGUGAAUCGGCUGGAGGGUUCAUUAAGCUACAGUGGUUUUUACUGCGAGGUGAUGUUGAUGUGGACGGCAUGAACCCUGACAGUCUGGGCACGUCUCAUUCGUGCAUGUUUCGAUUGUUUUUCCUACUCGCUUCUAAUCUUUCUGGUUAA